AUGGAGCAUAACUCCUGUAAAUUCAUGCAAAAGUGCCAUCAGUGUCAGAUACACGGAGAUCUGGUCAAGGUUCCACCCACAGAAUUACAUGCGAUGAGCUUGCCUUGGCUAUUCGUGGCAUGGGGAAUGGACGUUAUAGGACCCAUCGAUCCUCCAGCCUCCAAUGGACAUCGCUUCAUGUUAGUCGCCAUCGACUACUUCACUAUAUGGGUGGAGGCAACUUCUCCCAAGUCGGUGACUAAGAAAGUCGUGGCUGACUUUGUCAAGAACAAUAUGAUAUGUCGCUUCGGCGUACCUGAAUCUAUCAUCAUAGAUAAUGGUGCCAAUCUGAACAUCCAUUUGAAGAAGAACAUCUGUGACCAAUUCAAGAUAACCCACAGAAACUCUACCGCCUACUGGCCACAGAUGAAUGGACCUGUAGAGGCUGUCAAUAAGAACAUCAAGAGGAUCUUGAGAAAGACGAUCGACAAUUAUAAUAAUUAG